UUUUGCAACCUAGUUUUGCAGAAACAAUGAAGAUGCGAGUGAUUCUAGUCCUUGCUUUUGCAACCUUGAUUUCUGCAGAAGAUGAUCUACCGCAGCCUAGAGUUGACAGACAAGGUCGUCUUUUCCUUGUAUCAAGCAGUACAACAACAACUACACUGUCAACCAACUCUAUCUGCUAUGCAACUACAGCUCUUGGUAUCACUACAUGUGCUGGAAGGAAGAAAAGACAGCUUAUUGAAGAUCCUAUCUCUCACAUUAAAUCUGAAAUUGAACUCACCAAACCUACCAGAGUUUACAGGCAACCUGAUGAUUUUGCUCUUGAUUCGUCAGCUGAUCUUGAGUCUGGUUCUAACAGGAAACCCAAGUUCUUCUUGUACUGGAUGACCACCACCUCCACCUCUACCACGACCACGUUUACCACCACCCAGACCCUCUCAAGUAUUAAUUGCACGCCGAACAACUUCAUCUACUCCCUCUGUGGUUAAUUCAAAUAUUUAUGCGUAAUUGUUUUGUUAAGUUUUUCUUUUUAAAAGUAUUGAAUAUA